AUGGCGGCGGUGCCGCGGGUCCUGUCCCGGCUGCGGCCCCGGCGCUGCCCCGCCGUGCUCCGGCCCUGCCCCGCCGGGCCCCGCGGCCACCGGGGGCAGCGCGGCGGCACCACCGGCACCACCACGGCGUUGGCGCGGCAGCGCUGGGCCCGGCCGGCCGGCGCUGCACUGGCCUUCCUGGGAGGGCUGUCGCUGUUCCCCCGGGACGCCGAGGAGGAGGAGGGCGAGGACGCGAUCAUCCUGCUGCUGAAGAAGGCCAAGCUCAGCGUCAUGAAGGGGGAGCUGGCGGAGGCCGAGCGGCUCCUGCACCAGGCCCUGCGGCUGUCGCACCAGGAGGACAACAGGCAGGCCAUCGCCUACACCUACAGCGUGAUGGCAAAUGUGGCCUUCAUGCAGGGACAGCUGGACAAUGCAGAAAAGCUCUACAAAGCAAGUAUGAGCUAUUUGCUUGCAGGGGACAUGAAGGAGGAUGACAAUGCAAUCCUUGAGAUGUCCCUCAAGCUGGCCAGUAUCUACGCUGCUCAGAAACAGGACAAAUUAGCCAUAGCUGGAUACCAGUUCUGCAUCCUGACCUUAGAGGAGAAGAUUGCCAAGCAAAAGGACUUGCCUGAGGAUGUCUUACCAGCUGAAGAAAAGGCCAACACCCGUCUCCUGCUCGGGAUGAGCCUGGACUCCUAUGCUCGGUACCUCCUGAGCGUGAACCAGCUCCCAGCGGCCCAGAAAAUGUAUGAGAAGGCUCUGCAGAUAGCAAAUGAUGUUCAGGGAGAGACUCAUCCUCAGGUGACUUGUACUACAGUGGUUGGACCACUAAAGAAAGAAAGGCUGAUCUCUAGGGAGCUUUGCCGACAUCCAACAUGCCCAGCACUAAUGUCAGGGGAUGAAUGUGAUGCUUCUGCUGCCUCAGACUGCUGCACAAGUCUUGCUCUGAGGCUUCCCCUUUCCAUCCUGGUGCAGACUGUGGUCCUGCUGAACGACUUGGCGACUGUGCUGGAUGCUCAGGGGCACCACGACGAGGCCUAUUCCUACGUGAAGAGGGCGGCAGAGCUGGCAAGGGAGACUCAGCACCCCGAGGAGCACAUGGUGCUGAAUAACCUGGCAGCAAUUCUGAUGCACAAAGAAGACUUUCUGCAAGCAAAACUAGUGUACAAAGAAGCUCUCAAGCAGGCACAACAGAAGGGGGAUGUUGCUUCUGUCCAGCAUAUCCAGGAAGAAUUAGCCGAGCUGGCCAAGAGGAGAAAGGGCUCCAAAUAAGUUUGGCUACAGAGUCCAACCUUGAGGUGGCCCAGGGCAACAAGGGCUGGUCAGCACAAGCAGCCUGGGACCAGCUCAGUGCAAUUCUCCAGGGGAGCAGCAAGGAGGAGUUCAAGGACUGCUAAACAGGAAGGGCUGCUACUGCCCAACAACUUAUCCUAAAAUAAAGGUGUGAAAUCUUAACUAUGUGAA